CAGACGAGGCGGAAGAGAAAGUCCCUCGGGUUGAUUGUGUGACUGCGGACGUCGAUUCCAGGAACACCUAAAAGAGCAACUCCAGUUCAUUUCAACGCUGUUUACAUUGGUCUCUCAAGUGGAAAACAACACAUAACUGCCCAAAAAUAUCGGGGGCCAUGGAGUUAAAUGGCAAAGAGGAACUCAAAGGAUCCGUGUUGCAUAUCGUGGUAGUCGGAUUUCACCACAAGAAAGGCUGUCAGGUGGAAUACUCCUACCCCCCCCUCAUCCCUGAGGAGGGCCAUGACAGCAACAACCUGCCUGAGGAGUGGAAGUACCUGCCUUUCCUUGCCCUGCCUGACGGAGCACACAACUACCAAGAAGACACUGUGUUCUUCCACCUCCCUCCUCUCGCUGGAGCAGAUGUGAAGUGUGUGUACGGAGUCUCCUGCUAUCGCCAAAUAGAAGCUAAGUCCCUGAAGGUCCGUCUGGCUGACGUCACCAGGGAGACGGUCCAGAAGAGUGUGUGUGUCCUCAGUCAAGUGCCUCUGUACGGUCUCCUCCAAGCUAAACUGCAGCUCAUCACACACGCCUACUUUGAGGAGAAAGACUUCUCACAGAUUUCGAUAUUGAAGGAGUUGUAUGAACACAUGAACAGCUCCCUGAGAGGGACAGCUCUAGAGGGAUCCCAAGUGUUCCUGGGUAUGUCACCAAGAGAUUUAAUACUGCACUUUCGACACAAGGUUCUGAUCCUCUUCAAACUGAUUCUGCUGGAGAAGAAGGUCCUGUUCUACGUGUCUCCAGUCAACAGGCUAGUGGGAGCUCUGAUGACCGUACUGUCUCUGUUCCCAGGUAUGAUAGAGCACGGCCUGGCUGACUCCUCCCACUACCGGCCGAAGAGCAGCGUCUCCGAGGAUAUCACACUCGGAGACUGUGUGUCUGGAGCAGAGGACCUGGUCUCUGUUUCCGUCACUGACAUCACCAACGCCACCGUGGAGCUAAUGGGGGAGGAGGGCUUCGGAGACACCACCUCCACAGUGAAGGCUUCACAGAGGACAUCGUCUUCCCCAGAGACCUCCACUAGGGAGAACACCCAGCUGAAGCCCCCCUCCCGGACUUCCCCAGAGACCUCCACUAGGGAGAACACCCAGCUGAAGCCCCCCUCCCGGACUUCCCUAGACUCCUCGGAGAGCGACUGGGAGACACUGGAUCCCAGUGUUUUGGAGGAAGGGACUAGAGACUCUGAGACGGGGGGUUCAGGGGGUCUGGAGACGGGUAUCCCCAUCACGGUGCAGCCCCGGGGCCCGUCGGCAGGGCCAGGAGGCCAGGGAGCUGUCUCUCAGGGCUUGGUGUCUGGACUGGAAGAGGACCAAUAUGGCCUGCCACUCGCCAUCUUCACCAAGGGUUACCUGUGCCUGCCCUACAUGGCCUUGCAGCAGCACCACCUGCUGUCUGAUGUCACGGUGCGCGGCUUUGUUGCCGGGGCAACCAACAUCCUCUUCCGUCAGCAGAGGCACCUGAGCGACGCAAUCGUUGACGUGGAGGAAGCUAAGCUCCAGAUUGGGGACCCUGAGUUGAGGAAGCUGCUAGGCCUGACCACCGCUGACCUGCGUUUGCUGACUACCUGGUCAAACACGUGACAGAGAACCGUGAGGACGUGUUUCUGGAUGGGACCGGCUGGGAGGGAGGGGACGAGUGGAUCAGGGCCCAGUUUGGACUCUACAUACACUCCCUC